AUGUCGAAAGAACAAGGUCGUAGUAUGAGAGAAAUUGUUCGUGAUUUAUGUACAUUUAAUCCAGCAUCAUCAUCAGAAAGUGCUCGUUUACCACAUGAUUGUUAUAUGAUGUUUGUUGGUCGUUUAACAAAUCGUGAAUAUUUACAAAAAUUAACAAGAACUCUUGAUUCAAGAGAACAAACACGAGCAAAAAAUACAUCAUUUACAAUGAUGGAAACAGAAGAAAUGGAAUUUUUUUUGGAAUAUGUUACAUUAGAAAAUGAUAUUAAUAAUGAAAAUAUAUUUGAUGAUCGUAAAAAUCAUUUUGUUUAUGAAGAUCAUUUUAAUCCAUUUUUAUUUGAUAUGGUUAGAAGAAAAUCAUCUUAUGGAAAAUUAAAACAAGUUUGUCGUUUUUAUGAAACAAAAGAAGGAGUUAAUGUUGAUAAUAUAAUGAUUGAACAUGAAAGAAGAACUGCAUUAUCAACACCUUAUUUUAUUGAAAAAGGUUUAGCAAUUGAUGAUGCUCAAUCAGCAGCAUUAGCUUUAUCAUUUUAUACAGGUACUAAAAGUGAAGCAGUUAGUCGAGGUGCUAGUCUUGUUGCUCGUCAAGCUAAUGGACAAGUUAUUGAAUCAAAAACAAAAGAUGAAAUGAAUGAAGCUGCUGUUAUACUUUUUUAUUUAGUUAAAGCUCUUUCAUAUAUUCCUUAUUAUUGGGGUUAUGUUACACGUGCUUGUACAUUAACUGAGAGUGAAUUAAAAUUAUAUAUGCCUGGUUGUUUAAUAACAUGGAUUCAAUUUAGUAGUUCAAAAAAAGGAAACGAAGUUGCUACAAAUUUUGAUUUUGCUCAUCGUAAUACUUUUUUUAAAAUUUAUUCGUUAACUGGUCGUCCAAUAAAACAAUUUUCAAAUUAUGAAGAAGAAGAUGAAGUUUUAUUUUUACCUCAUUCAACAUUUUUUGUUUUUAAACAUGAAAUUGGCUUUCAUGGUAAUCAACAUAUUAUUUAUAUGAGACAAGUUGAAUUAGGUCUUUCGAAAUGGUCUAUUUUAUGGGUUGAUGAUAAUAUAUUCGAUGAAAAUUGGGAAAAUAAACAACAUAUGGAAACAGCAUCAGCUAAAGCACUUAAUCUUAAUGUUCAUUUUAUUCCGAAAUCAACAACAAAUAGUGCUUUGUCAUUUCUUCGAUCACCUUUUGGACAACGUUUAAAAAAUCAAGAUACAUUUCGUAUUGUUACAGAUAUGACACGGCAUAAUGAAACACCUUCUCAUAAUGCAGGUGCACGUUUAAUUAAAAGCUUACGAGAUAUGGGUUUUACAAAUCAAUGUCUCAUUUUUAUAAGAAAUAAAGAUAAUGCAAAAAAAAUUAUCGAUCAAGAACUUAAUUCAUUUCAACGACAAUCUAUUCAAAUAACAACUCAAACAGAUCGUUUAAGAAAAUUUGUUAAUUUUGAUCAAUGA